GCGAGCGGCGCGGGCCGAUCCGAGGUCCCAGUCCGCCCGGCCGUGCCGCUGCUCGCCGGGGCCCUGGGAGUGGCGGCCAAGAUGUCCGUGCCGAAUGUGCUGGCCAAAGCCCUCUAUGACAAUGUAGCUGAGUCCCCAGAUGAGCUCUCCUUCCGAAAGGGCGACAUCAUGACGGUGCUGGAGCGAGACACACAAGGCCUGGAUGGCUGGUGGCUCUGCUCACUGCAUGGGCGUCAGGGCAUUGUGCCUGGGAACCGCCUCAAGAUCCUAGUCGGCAUGUACGACAAGAAGCCAGCAGGGCCUGCCCCAGGCCCACCUGCCACCCCAGCCCAGCCCCAGCCUAGCCUCCCCCAGAGCCUCCAUUCCUCAGUACCCCCAGCAUCCCAGUACACACCCAUGCUCCCCACUGCAUACCAGCCCCAGUCUGAUAGUGUCUACCUGGUACCCACUCCCAACAAGGCUCAGCAAGGCCUCUACCAAGCCCCUGGGCCCAGCCCGCAAUUUCAAUCACCACCAGCCAAGCAGACACCUACGUUUUCAAAGCAGAUGCCCCAUCACCCAUUUCCCAGCCCAGCCACAGACCUCUACCAGGUGCCCCCAGGGCCUGGAAGUCCUGCUCAGGACAUUUACCAGGUGCCACCUUCUGCGGGCAUAGGGCAUGACAUCUACCAGGUCCCUCCAUCCAUGGACACCCGCAACUGGGAAGGGACAAAGCCACCGUCAAAGGUGGUGGUGCCUACCCGAGUGGGGCAGGGCUACGUUUAUGAGACCUCCCAGCCAGAGCAGGACGAGUAUGACAUCCCGCGCCAUCUGCUAGCCCCAGGACCUCAGGACAUCUACGAUGUACCCCCUGUUCGAGGACUGCCUUCCAGCCAGUAUGGCCAGGAGGUAUAUGACACCCCCCCUAUGGCUGUCAAGGGUCCCAAUGGCCGAGACCCACUGCUAGAUGUGUAUGACGUGCCUCCCAGCGUGGAGAAGGGCUUACCACCAUCCAGUCACCAUGCGGUAUAUGAUGUUCCUCCAUCGGUGAGCAAAGAUGUUCCCGACGGCCCACUGCAGCGUGAGGAGACUUAUGAUGUACCUCCUGCCUUCGCCAAGGCCAAGCCCUUUGACCCAACCCGCCACCCGCUGAUCCUCGCCGCACCUCCAUCAGACUCUCUGCCAGCUGAAGAUGUGUAUGACGUGCCACCUCCUGCCCCUGCCCUCUAUGACGUGCCCCCUGGCUUGCGGAGGCCUGGCCCUGGCACACUGUAUGACGUGCCUCGUGAACGGACGCUUCCCGCUGAGGUGGCUGACGGGAGUACGGUUGAUGAUGGUGUGUAUGCUGUGCCCCCGCCAGCUGAGCGAGAGGCCCCCGCUGAUGGCAAGCGCCUGUCAGCCUCCAGCACGGGCAGCACGCGCAGCAGCCAGUCGGCAUCCUCCUUGGAGGUAGCAGUGCCAGGCCGUGAGCCCCUCGAACUGGAAGUUGCUGUGGAGUCCCUGUCUCGGCUGCAGCAGGGUGUGAGUGCCACCGUAGCCCACCUUCUGGACCUGGUGGGCAGUGCCGGUGGGGCUGGGGGCUGGCAUAGCAACCCUGAGCCUCAAGAGCCACAGGUGCAGGACCUGAGGGCUGCAGUGGCAGCUGUCCAGGGAGCCGUCCAUGAGCUACUGGAGUUUGCCCGUGGUGCCGUGAGCAAUGCUACCCACACCUCUGACCGCACCCUGCAUGCCAAGCUUAACCGGCAACUACAGAAGAUGGAGGGUGUGCACCAGACGCUCACGGUCCAUGGUCAGGUUCUUGACAAUGGCCGGGGAGGCCCAGGAGUCACUCUUGAAGACCUGGACCGCUUGGUGGCCUGCUCACGGGCUGUGCCUGAGGAUGCCAAGCAGCUGGCCUCAUUUUUGCAUGGCAAUGCCUCGCUGCUCUUCAGACGGACCAAGGCCCCUGCCCCAGGGCCCGAGGGAGGUGGUUCCCAGCACCCCAAUCCCACUGAUAAGGCCAGCAGCAUCCAGUCACGGCCUCUGCCCUCGCCCCCCAAGUUCACCUCUCAGGACUCUCCAGAUGGGCAGUAUGAGAACAGCGAGGGGGGCUGGAUGGAAGAUUAUGACUAUGUCCAUUUGCAGGGGAAGGAAGAGUUUGAGAAGACCCAGAAGGAGUUGUUGGAAAAGGGCAACAUCAUACGGCAGGGGAAAGGGCAGCUGGAGCUGCAGCAGCUAAAGCAGUUUGAGCGACUAGAGCAGGAGGUGUCUCGUCCCAUAGACCACGACCUGGCCAACUGGACAGCAGCCCAGCCCCUGGCGCCUGGGCGGACGGGGGCCCUAGGGCCCUCAGACCGGCAACUUCUCCUCUUCUACUUGGAGCAGUGCGAGGCCAACCUGACCACGCUGACCGACGCUGUAGAAGCUUUCUUCACUGCCGUAGCCACCAACCAACCACCCAAGAUCUUUGUGGCACACAGCAAGUUUGUCAUCCUCAGUGCCCACAAACUGGUGUUCAUUGGGGACACACUGUCAAGGCAGGCCAAGGCAGCCGAUGUGCGCAGUCAGGUGACGCACUACAGUAACCUGCUGUGUGACCUCCUGCGUGGCAUUGUGGCCACCACAAAGGCUGCUGCCCUGCAGUACCCGUCACCCUCUGCAGCCCAGGACAUGGUAGACAGAGUCAAGGAGCUAGGCCACAGCACCCAGCAGUUUCGCCGGGUCCUAGGCCAGCUGGCUGCUGCCUGAGAGCACAUGGCUAGGGUCUUGAGGUUGGGGAGCCACUCCGUGCAUCCACUUGAGAGUCAAUGUCCUGCAGGCUUGGGGACAGGCAACCCCAGCUGUGCCUCGGGCCUGGUGCCCUUGACUGUCCAGGGGGUUAUGCAUAUUUAUGACAGGGUGGGAUGUGGGACGGUGCUUCCUCAGAGGAGCUGAAGCUGAGGAGCCAGCUGAAUGCACUGUGGGCCACAGGGGAUCGCCAGGCCAGGAUGGGGCACACAGCACCCCAACCCAUGGGGUUCCCUGUGCCCCUUUGGUCUGACCCUGUUCUGUGACAGGCAAGUUAAGUACUAGCGUGUUCUCUGCACCCAGAGAAAACCUUAAAAGAAAAAAAAAACAUUUUUCAUUAUUGAUUUUCCAAUCAUUUGACUAAUAGUCUACAUUUAAUAAAAUUUUAAAAAUGAAAA